UUUUGUAAUGAGCUUAGAUCGGUCUCCUAAGGAGAGAAAUAUUGAAUCAGGAAUUCAGAUUCCAAAAAGUAAAUCAGACUAUGGAAUGGAAGAUUUUUUUAAACAGGUUGAACAUGUUGAAAAGCUGAUGGAAAAGCUAUCUAAACACCUUCAAAAACUUCAGGAAGCUAAGGAAGAGUCUAAGUAUGUUACUAAAGCCUCUGUCAUGAAAGCAAUCAAGCAGCAAAUGGAGAAAGAUGUGGAUGAAGUGGGAAAAAUCGCACGUAACGUCAGAACAAGAUUAGAAGAAAUUGACAGAGAUAAUUUAACAAACCGAAGUAAGCCUGGCUGUCAGAAGGGAACAGGUGUGGACCGCUCGAGGAUGGCUAUGACUCUUGCCUUGAAAAGGAAAUUAAAGGAUAGAAUGAAUGAUUUUCAGAAUCUCCGGCAAACUAUCCAAGAUGAAUACAGAGAGGUUGUUGAAAGAAGGGUCUUCGCAGUCACGGGAACACGACCAACCGAAAAGAUGAUUGAGCAUCUGAUCGAGACUGGAAAUAGUGAGCAAAUCUUUCAAAACGCAAUUCAGGCAGUAGGUCGAGGGCAGGUGAUUGGCACUGUGCAAGAAAUUCAAGAAAGGCAUGAUGCUGUCAAAGAGAUUGAGAAAAAACUACUUGACCUACAUCAGGUUUUCAUGGAUAUGGCAAUACUAGUUGAGGCACAGGGAGACAUACUAGACAACAUUGAGUGUCAGGUGUCAAAUGCUGUGAACCAUGUACAGUCUGGAACAGAAGCCCUCCACACUGCAAAAAGUCUUCAGAAAAAAUCAAGGAAAUGUAUGAUGAUUGCUAUUGUUAUCCUUCUGGUGAUUGCAGCAGUCAUUUUGCUCUCAAUCCUGAAACCAUGGAAGAAAUGAUUGAAAGAAAGCAAACGCUCAUGACCUUGCUCUACUUCAUCCAAUUCAUUUUGCAGUUACAUGGAAAAAGAUGGCAUGGCACCUAACUAUUUUCAUUCCGAAGCACAGAUUCUUCUAGUUCUUGAAAUAAAUGGCCAUAACCUUAAUGCUAACCU